AUGGAGAAACGGAGGCGAAGGCGUUCACAGUUAGAAGAUAUUCCCAACUUGUACCACGAUAUACAAUCGCGGUUGCCGGUAGAAGAAGCCGCCCGUACAAGCGUCUUGUCUAAGUCAUGGCUGCAUGCUUGGUAUACCAUCCCUAUCAUCAGGUUUCCUCUAACACCUGCAACAUUGGUUGACAAGGAAGAAGAUAAAGAAAAAGUAAAGCCGAUGGAGGAGCUGGUCGAUCGAACUCUGAUACGAUAUCUCCGUGACAACAUACCAAUAGAAAUCGUUGACCUUACCAUCGACAUGACAAAUCAGGAGUUGGCUUCUCUUGCUGAAAAAUGGAUCAGGCUCAUGGCAACCAAAGGUAGUACACUGAAACAGCUUUCCCUUAGAAUCUGCAUUAGCAGUGACUACUCGGUUACUUUGCCAGCAGAGAUACUCUCCUCCGGUCGUAACCUAACCGAUUUAGAAAUUUCAUGUUCUUCCUCAAUUGGGUUACAGAUGAUGAAUCCCUUUUCGAUGACUAGCCAUCCUGUGAUCAUCAACUGUGUGUGCCUACGACGAUUACAAUUGAAGAAUGUGCACAUAAGUGAAGAGGUACUUGAUGACAUAUUUUCUAUUUGUAGGUUGCUUGUGAGGGUAGAUCUUUCAUGUUGCUCGGGCUUCAGGAGAGUCAAGGUUCAAAACCUUCAUCGUCUUAACCAAUUCAGAAUAAAUUCAGCAGGUAAACGAAACCCCGUUGUGUUGGAAAUCAAUGAUGUUCCAAAUAUUCGUUUGUUUACCCUUGAAGGGAACACUCUUCUUCCAUCCAUGGAUUCACUAGGAAGCUUGACGCCAUUAUGGUUAGGUGGUAUGAUCGUGGACGAUGCUUUUUUGCAUAUUAUCAAAUCUAAAUUUCCUUUUCUCGAGAGUUUGACCCUUGAUAUGAAAUUGUCGAAGUUGGAAAGCUUCGAUAUCACACAUGUGCUUCGAUGA